AUGGCUAGCCACAUUUUGGUUAUUUUUAGUUUCCUAGCCAUCACUUGUUCUAUGGCCGCAGCCGGUAUUGAGCCUGGUCCAUUGCAAGAUUUCUGUGUUGCAGACCCUAAUAGCUCAGAUUGCAUAAAUCCAAAGCUGGUAAAGGCUGACAAUUUCUUCUCUGGAGGUCUCCAUGUUCCCGGCAACACAUCAAAUCCGUCUGGCUCUGCUGUUACCUCUGUCUCUGUGGCCCAAAUACCUGGCCUAAACACCCUUGGGAUAACACUCCUUCGCUUUGACUUUGCAAAGGGAGGUCUAGUCACUCCUCACACUCAUCCUCGAGCAAGUGAAAUUGUUACCGUCUUAGACGGAAGCAUCCUUGUUGGGUUUGUAUCAUCUUUUCCAGAUAACAGGCUCUUCUCCAAGGUCUUACAAACGGGUGAUGUUUUUGUUUUUCCCAUAGGACUUACUCAUUUCCUGAGUAAUGUGGGAAAUGGAACCGCAGCUGCUAUUGCUUCUUUGAACAGCCAGAAUCCUGGUUUCAUUCCCAUUCCUAGUACUGUGUUUGGAACCAAUCCACCCAUUGCUGAUGAUGUUCUAGCCAAGGCUUACCAAGUCGACAAGCUCACUAUUGCCAAACUUCAAGCACGGUUCAAAAGAUAA